UUAAAAAGCACAGGAAUACAUUUUUGAAUUCCCUACAAUUAUCUUUCAUUGUUAACUAAAAUCUCUUCCGGAAAUGGAGUCGAGCGAGUUACCGGAUAUGGUAAACCGAGAUCCCAAUGCUCUGAAUGAGCAUGUAAAGGUGAUGUUCGAAGAUGUGAUCGGGGAACCGGAAGGAGCUCACAGCGCAGACUGCGUCUGGCGGAACUCGUACAAGUGCUUUACGUGCACCAAGAACUGCUGCUACCUCCUGCUCACCUUCCUCUGCGCCAUCCCGCUCUCAUUCUGCUGGGGCUGCGAGUUCGCCGCAAUCACCUUCGAACACGUCUGGCAGAUCUCUCCCUGUCUCCGUGUCUGCAUGAUCAACUUGGGCUGCGCUCAGAAAUUCUUCGGAUCACUCGUCAACUGCUGUCUGGCUCCAGUUUGCGAAGCUGUAGGAAUGAUGUUUAGCAAUGUGCGAGUGGAAAAUAAAUAAAACUCCAGUGGGGGUUCAAGUGUAAACAUUUACAUCUGUGUGCACCUGUUGGUCAAGAUAUAUCACUACUUAUAAACACUGGUUUGAUCACAAUAAGUUAGGAGUAAUUACCGAAAAUAACAGUAUUGUAAAGCUUGGAAUCAUUUAUAAUAGGAUAUAUCUGAUUCAAACAAUAGAAAGUUGAAACGUUUACGAUAAAUCACUGGUGUAGCCAGGAUUUCAUAGGGUUCACUUAAACAAACCACAUCCCUAGACCCUAGUAAGUCCUGUUUGAAUCGUAAGACAGGCCACUAUAUAAGGUGGAGGUAAAAUAUAAUAUAUAUAUACAUGUAUAUCACAAAACGUAGGGCAAUAUUCCCCAUACAACUUAUCUGAGAGACAAAAGGAGUCCAUAAAUUUGCAUUCGUGGGCCUAAAAAUAAUUCUCAAAAUGUUUGGAAGAAGAUAACUCUCAAAGAAGUAAGGAAGAGCAUUUCUAUCGCCUAAAACAGAAAGAUUAUGGACUACGGGGGAUCAGUUGACCGUUAUGUUCAAUCCGCGAUGUAGAUUUUGAAGAGCUUCUCAACAGAAUGUUUGUACAUUAUGUUUCGUAUUAUGCACUAUUUUAAAUGUAAGCUAUAUAUCAAGACACAUUUUUUACAUCAUAUUUAGACAAUAUAUUAAACUGUUUUGUACAAAGUUUAGAACACCAAGAAAAAUAUGACAUUAAUGCGCUUUAAACAUCUAUGUAAUCAGCCGAGGUGUUCAAAAACAGAUUGGUUUGAUGUUCAAUAGAAUUUUGUUCACGUCGGAGUUUAGACAAUAUUUUUCUUUUUCGUUUCACUACAAAUAUGAAUUCAGUAUUUUUAUAAUGUAACCUAUGCUACAUAUUUUUAUCAUAAGGUUUAGUUGUUCCUUAUUUAUGCUAUACAGGUAUGUUUACAUACACGUGCACAGUCUAUGAGUUCGUCAGGUGUAUGACUAACAAUAGCAAUGUAGUAAUAAUGCACGGUUCAAUAAAUGAAAACUAAAA